AUGUCAAGCACAAAUUCUUCUUCCUCUGACCCUCGUGUUCAGAACAACAACGUGGCUCAGAUCAACUUCGAAGACCUGGCCAUGAGACCCAAGCUGACCCAAGCCGACGCUGAUAAUGCAGGACCCGACCAGGAUCACAACAAAGCGGCAAACCCUAACUCUGCAAACCUGGCCAUUAGGCCCAAGCCGACCCAAGCAGAUGAAGAAACGUUACGUGACCAGUCAUCAACUAACAUUUCCGCAGGACGACCUAACACUGGCCAGAAUGCCCAAGUUGCUGACGACUCCCUGGCACAGCGGAACCAAAUGAUCGAUCAGGUUCUAGCUCGACUCCCAACGCUGGGUAGACACAAUUUGCUGUACAUCGUCAAACUGUUCGGGGAGAAGCCCCUUGCAGAGGUCAAGGAAGAACUUUCCAAACGUGGAAUAUUCCCUGACGAUUCCGUUCUCCUCGUUAUAGGUAAUCUAGCCCUUGAAUAUUACCAUGACAUCGUUGAGGAGCUGGGGGUGGCUUGUGGUCCCUCAUGGGACUUGCCUGUAAGGUAG